UUUAGGAAAGUGCAAGUGGUUUUCUUAUCUCUACUUUUUGCCAAAGGAGCUUCUCCCCGUUCAUACUUGAUCUAAACACAGUGCCUUGUUUGCAUAAUUCAUCCACAAAGAGUGCGUCUUACUUUCUGAUUCAGAUAAUCUUUGAUCAUCAGAACUUACUUCCAUUUUAUGCGGUAGCUGGAAUCAGAUCUACAACAAGUCAACACGAGGAAGUCAUGAUCAUGAUCACAGAGACUUGGCUCACGUUGUGGAAGAAUUAACGUUGCAAUUGCUUUCCCUUUGAUCUCACAGAAGAAUCAACUCUUUCAUCAGAUCGAAUCAGAUCUGCAACAAGGAAGUCAGUUACGACUUACGAUCAUGGCGUAAGAGACAUGGCUCUUUUUGUAGAAGAGUUCACUUUGCAAGUGCUUUCGUUGUGAUCUCAGAGAAGAAGAAAGAAGAAAAGAAAAGAAACGAUGGGAGAGGCUGUUAUUGGGGCAAUCCUCCCGGUGCUACUUGAGAAGUUGGCGGAUCGAGAGGUCCGUGAGUACUUCGGACGCAUUAAGGGUGUUGACAAAAAGGUGCUGCAGAAAUGGACUCAAACGUUAACUGCAAUUGAAGCGGUGCUGAGUGAUGCUGAGGAGAAGCAACUAACACAAAGAGGAGUGAAAGAGUGGCUAGAUGAUCUCAGAGAUUUGGCCUACGAUGUUCAAGACAUAUUGGACAUAUUUGAUACCAAAAUGCUGAAGCGAAGGAUAGAAGGACAAGAAGGAAGGAAAGGCAAGUUAUGGAGCUCACUUUCUGGAGUUAAAUCUAAUUUUAGGCUGAACUCAGCAAUCAAGAAGAUAAGUGAUCGACUAGAUGAGUUAACCGCUCGAGAAAAACAGUUUGGUUUGAAGAAACUUGGAGAGUCCAAAAAGCCGUGGAAGAUGCCACCCACUACUUAUCAACUUGAUGGUCCUGUGAUCGGAAGGGAUGAAGCAGAGGUAGCUAUUCUUAAUAAGUUGCUUUCAGAACAAGAGCAUAGUACCAACACUUCUCAGAAUUAUCAUGUGGUUGCCAUUGUUGGUACUGGAGGACUAGGGAAGACUACACUUGCAAAACUUGUAUUCCACAAUCCUGCAACUGAUCAGUUUUCUGCAAAGGGAUGGGUGUGUGUGUCCGACGACUUUGACAUUGUAAAGGUGGCAGCAGCGGUUCUUGAAUCAGUCACAUCAGCUCCUGCUCAAGAAUUGAAGGUGCUUAACACGAUUCAGGAGAAGUUAAGCAAGGAAUUGGCUGGCAAGAAGUUCUUAAUUGUCCUUGAUGAUGUUUGGGACACUUGCAGCUAUAGUCAAUGGACAACACUGCAAUCCUCCUUUUGUUCUGGAGCAGCUGGAAGUAAGAUCAUCGUGACAACACGCGACGUCAAUGUCGCAAAGACGACUGGAGACAACAACCCUUAUAACUUGAAGUCGAUGUCAAAAGAUGAUUGCUGGAAAAUCUUUGAACACCAUGCUCAGUUAAACAGUAGACCUCAAGAUGUCGAGUUCCUUCAGGAGAAAAUUGGAGUGAAAUGCAAUGGAUUGCCGUUGGCUGCAAGGACACUUGGUGGUCUUUUACGUUGUAAAAGGGUAGAGGAAUGGGAAGCAGUAUUAGACCACAAGAUGUGGGAUCUAUCAGAGAAGAAAGCGGCGGACAUCCUUCCGGCAUUAAAAUUGAGCUAUCAUUACCUUCCUUCAAAUCUGAAACGAUGUUUCUCCUACUGCGCAAUACUUCCAAAUGAUUAUGAAUUUAAGGAGAUGCAAUUGAUCCUCUGGUGGAUGGCGGAGGGUUUGAUUCUGCAGCAACCAGGAGAAAAUAUGCAAAUAGAAGACUUGGGUCGUGACUGUUUUCAAGAGUUGGUGUCUAGGUCACUAUUUCAAAAAUCAAGCAAAGUCAAGUCGCGAUACAUAAUGCAUGACCUCGUUACUGAUUUGGCACGUUGGGCUGCAGGAAGUUCAUGUUCAAGAUUGGAGGAGAUGAAGAAUUCUGACUCACAAAGCAGAUGUUUGGUUCGUCAUUCGUCUUACACUGGUGGUUAUGAUAGGGUUGAAAAGUUUGGGUUCUAUUAUGAAGCUGUACGUUUGCGGACGUUCCUACCGCUCCCACCUUCAUAUUUGAAUUAUUUGGCUCCCAAGGUUACUUCAGAGUUAUUGCCCAAACUCCAAUUCUUACGAUUGCUCUCUUUGAGUCGAUAUGAAAUAAUCGAGCUGCCAGAUACAAUCAGUAAAUUGAAGCAUCUACGAUAUCUUGAUCUCUCUGGGACCAGUAUAAGAAGUUUGCCAGACUCAACAACCGCUCUCUACAACUUGCAGACACUGAAGUUGAGCAUGUGUUCUCAGUUGAAGACACUGCCCACAAGCAUGAGGAAACUACUUAAUUUGCGUCAUCUUGACAACUCAUAUACACGAUCAUUGGAAGAAAUGCCUCCUCGACUUGGUCAGUUGACUAAUCUUCAAACAUUGCCUAGUUUUGUAAUUGGAAAAGGUGGUGGAUUAGGAGUAGGCGAGAUUGGAUCAUUAUUGCAUCUGCAAGGGACAUUGCGCCUAUCAAGACUAGAGAAUGUAACUUGUGUCGAGGACGCUAGGAGUGCAAACUUAAAGAGCAAGGAGAGGCUUGAAGCCCUGCUACUGGAGUGGUCUUCAUCGAGUGUCUCAAGUGAAGAUGCGGCAGUUGUGCUUGAAAUGUUACAACCUCAUAGCAAUCUCAAAGAGCUCACCAUCAAAGGUUAUGUUGGAUUGAAAUUUCCAACAUGGAUUGGAGAUCCUCCAUUCUCUAAUAUGGUGUGCGUAAGGUUAAGAGGUUGUAGUCACUGUCAAUUCCUACCACCCUUCGGACAGUUGCUUGCUCUCAAAGAACUUUAUAUAAAUGGAAUGGAUGCAGUGGAGACUGUUGGCGUCGAGUUUUAUGGGAACGGUAAGUUGCCGUUUCAAGCUCUAGAGACCCUUGAGUUUCAUCAACUGAAAAAUUGGAAGAAAUGGUCUCAUUGUCAACAAAAUGACGGGGUGGGGGUUUUCUCUUGCCUGAAAGAGCUUUCAAUCAAGGACUGCCCCAAAUUGGAGGGUGAUUUACCGAAGAAGCUUGAUUCAUUAACACAGCUGCAGAUAUGUGAAUGUGAGGAAUUGGUGGUUUCAGUAUCCAAUUAUAACCAGCUUCAGAAAUCAAAGAUCGAGAAUUGCAAGGUAGUGGAUUGCGAAGCAACUACAGUUCAGUUUGACUUACUAGAGAGGGUGACAGUUUCACAUGUAUCAGAAUUGAGAUUUCAAACAAAGGCAUUCUUGAAUAGCUUGAAAAAUGUUAAAAAGUUGAAGAUUACCGAUUGUGAGGAGCUAACACGUUCCUUUCAGUGUGAGGAUAGUUUGCUGCAACACUUGAAUUCUCUUGGUCGUUUGUGCAUCGAAGAAAACUCUGCCCUUGUUGAAAAGCUAGGAGAAGAAGCAGAGCGAUUGUUGCAAUUGCAAAUGCUUGACUGCAAAAUCGAACGUCUGGAAUUAAGCAAGUGUGGAAGCCUUUUAAAGGUACCAGAAGGAUUGCAUCACCUUACAUCUCUCAAAGAGCUUCGCAUAAAUGAAUGUUCAAGUUUUGUUUCUUUACCCGAUGCUGGUCUUCCACCCGGUCUUCAAGUCAUCAAGAUUCAGAAGUGCAAUUCGUUAUUGCACUUUGCGAAAUACCAGAUUCCUCUCAGCCUGAAAAGAAUGGAGAUUAAUAAUUGUGAGAAAUUGAAAUCAUUACUAGAGAAAGAGGAGGAGGUGGGGGACAGGGGUUCUUCUUCUUGUCGUCUUGAGCAUUUGGACAUACAUUCUUGUCCAUCUUUGAUGUGCUUAUUACGGAAAGGCCAAUUACCCAAUGCUCUUAAACAACUACAGAUAUGGGAUUGUGGACAGCUGGAUUUAAUAGCUGAGAGGUUCCUCGACGACACCUGCCAACUCGAAACAAUUCUCAUCUGGGAUUGCCCAAACCUUAAAUCAUUACCGGAGGGACUGUGCCACCUCACCAAUCUUGAGUCAUUAACUAUUCAGGAUUGUCAGAGUCUGGUUUCGUUGCCGAGGAUGAGUGUGUGGCCAAGAAAGUUGAGCAUCUUUAAUACGACGGAUAAUGUGGCCAAGGAAUUGGUGAGAGACAUGAUUACGAUGCACAGUGCUAAUUUGAUCGAGGAAUUGAGGAUUGAUUACUGUGAAGGCUUGACUACUAGUUCCUUUCUCCCCAACCUGACAUCACUCACAAUUCACAAGAUCAAGAGCUGUAAGGAGCUGAUGGAACCUCAAUGGUUGCAGAGACUCACCUCUUUGAGAGAAUUGCGUCUAUACGGUGAAGAUGAUGGAGGUCUGGUGUCCUUUCCACCUGAUGAGAAUUCAAAAGAGAACGGGGUGAUGCUUCCGAGAUCUCUUGUUUACUUGUCAAUCGAAGGCUUCCCAAAUCUAAAGAAACUGAGCAAGGGCAUUCAAUUCCUCACCUCUCUUGAAAUGCUUUACAUCUCCAACUGUCCGAAGCUUGCAACCCUUCCGGUGGAGGACGGCCUGCCUCUUUCACUUGAGCACCUUUCUAUUUCUGGAUGUCCUCUACUUGAAAAGAGAUACAAAGGACGAUGCCGGAACAAGAUAGCACACAUCCCUAGCGUAGUUCUGUAGUGGUUUCCAGGUCUGCUUAUGCUCAAAACUCUCGCCCCUUCUUCCUCCUCCAGGAAAUAUGAUGCAUGUUGGCAUUCUUCAAUUCCUGCCUUUCCAGGAAGUUUGGGAUUACACUGCUCUGUACCUUUCCAUCUAUGGAAACAGUAUCGACUCUCUCGAGGUUGAUUUACUGCCCAAGGGGAAUAAUGUUAAUUCUAUGGUGGUUGAGUUGGGGUAAAGAAGAAGCUUAUUUUUAUGAGCGUUCCUCUGAUGAAUUCAAAGUCUUUGGUUGGUGUAGCAAUAACUGGAUUGAACUAGCUUGAUUACAUGAAAAGAAAAAAGUGCAGCGGUGUCAUGCAUAUGUUAUCGUGAGAUCUUUGUUAUAAGCUCAAGGGUUGCAGAGACUCUUUGAGAAGCUUGUUGAUUAAUUGUAAAGAAGGUCCAGGGAGGUAAGAACGCCCCAGAUCUAUUGUUUAAUUGAAAGUUUGAAACAUCCCAAAUGUACUUACAGAAACUGAGCUAGGGCUCUCAAUUCCUCACCUCUCGUGAAACACUACAUCACCAACUAUUUGAAGCUUGCAACAAUUCCAGAGGGCCUGAAUCCUUUUCAUCCUCUCACAGAAUAUGAUAUUUGGUUUCUCAAUUCCUGCCUUUCCAGGAAGUCUCUGAUACACUGGUUCAUGGUUUUGUAUAGCACUAUCUACGGAAACAAUAUCAAUUGUUCAUUGUUAGUUGAUCGUACCUUUGCUUUCAAGAUGGUUCAAUUUGUUAGUUUGUAACUUUGUAUCAUGCCGGACAACUCGCAUCAGGCAUUUCAAAUUCAUUUGAUUUGAACUAGAGAUAUAUUGCAUCUA